AUGGACAAAAAUAAUAAUAAUAACAAUGAAGCUGGAAGUGCCAGUGGUGAUAAGAGUAACAGCAGUAACACUGCUGCUCAAAUACCAGAGGUGAAAUCAUAUUACUAUCCAGAUCGUGAUGCCAAUCUCACAGAGGUCAAAACUGGUUACAGUGCAUGGAAAACAAAUUCAUUCAUGAGUUUCAUCGUUUUGUUGGUCCCAGUGAUCGUCAUCAAUGUGCUCUACGUCUACAACAAGGGUGAUCUCUUUGUCGAUCUCAUCUCCAAGUUCCAAGAGAUGAUUAUCCACGAGUUCCGUAAUCAGGAGCCACAGACCAUCUACGUGGCAAUCACAAUCGCUUUCGUUUCGCUACUCUUGAUCGAGUUGGUCAUCAGUGUGCUGAUGUCAAAGCGUAGAAAGCCAGUGUACUUGGUCGACUUCUCGGUGUUCCAACCCGACGACAAAUACAAGAUCACUCACGACUUCUUCAUUAAGCACACCGAGCGUGUUGGAUGGUUCGACCAAGAUUCAAUCGAAUUCCAAAAGAAGUUGCUCUAUCGUACCGGUCUCGGAAACGAUACCUACUUCCCAGCCGGUAUCACCAAAGACGUACCAGACACCAGCAUGGAAUCCGCACGUCAAGAAGCCGACAUGGUUCUCUCUGGUUGUCUCGACGAUCUCUUUGCCAAGACCAAGAUUAAACCAACCGACAUUGAUAUCUUGAUUGUCAAUUGCAGUUUAUUCAAUCCAACUCCAUCGUUAGCUGCUAUGAUGAGACACGAUAUUUUGAGUUACAAUUUAUCUGGUAUGGGAUGUUCAGCAAGUGUUGUUUCGAUCGACUUGGCCAAACAAUUGUUACAAGUUCACAAGAAUGCAACUGCUGUCGUUUUGAGUACUGAGAAUAUCACUCAGAACUGGUAUCGUGGAAAUGAAAAGGCAAUGUUGCUCACCAACACACUCUUCCGUAUGGGUGGUGCAGCAAUUAUGCUCUCCAACAAAUCGAAAUACUACUGGAGCGGUAAAUACAAGUUGGUCACAUCGGUUCGUGUCACCAAAUCCACUGACACUGCUUACAACGCUGUCUAUCAGACCGAAGAUUGCAAGGGUAACAAGGGUGUUCGUCUGGCCACUGGCCGUGAUCUCAUGGCGGUGGUCGGUGACGCCUUGAAGACCAACUUGACCAUCCUCGGUCCAAUGGUGCUGCCAUGGAGCGAACAAAUCAAGUUCUUCUUGCAUCUCUGCUAUAGAAAGUUUGUCAACAAAAAGGCAGCACCCUAUGUACCAGACUUUAAGAAGGCAUUCGACCACUACUGUAUCCAUGCCGGUGGUCGUGCCGUCAUCGACGGUCUCGAAGAGAACUUCAAGCUCUCGCCAUACGAUGUAGAACCAUCGCGUGCCACUCUCUACAGAUAUGGUAACACUUCUUCAUCUUCAAUCUGGUACGAACUCAACUUUAUCGAGAAGCAACACCAUGUCAAAUCCGGUGAGAAAGUAUGGCAAUUGGCUUUUGGUUCUGGAUUUAAAUGUAAUAGUGCUGUAUGGGAAGCCAUCAGAGAUAUUUAA